UCUAAAUGUCAAACUAUUAACAUGAGUGUUUUCUGCCUACCCGUUCCGGGUUGUUUUAAUUCGCUACUCAUAUUAACUUCUAAUGAGACCCUACCUUGGAUUUUUGAAUAAGUAGUCGCAUAAAUGACAAAUAUUAAGUCUCAUGCAUACACCACAAAGUUAAAGGCGUUGAAUGAAGCUUGUUUCAAGCUGGUGAACAAUGCAAGUAAUUUGCCAUCCUCAAAUGAUAUAACUAGCUUGUUGAAAUUUUUUCAAAACAGCCUAUACAAUAUACUCAAAGAUAUACAUGUCCUCUCCAUUGAGCGUUUUAUGAAUAGGAUCAAUGAUCAGGAGUGGAGGUCCAAACAUUUACCUCAACUUGACUACGGAACACUUUAUUUGUGCCUUUUAACAAUUUCAGAGCAAAUUCAAAAGCUUACUAAUCAGAGUGGUAACUGCUUAUUCGAUAACUUUCAUGUUUUUUUAUGGUAACGUCGGCCAAUACUGAUUGAUUUAUUGUAAUUUCCAUAUUUUGGUUGAAUUUCGAGCAAAUAUUGGAGAAAACCAAAAUUUACAUAAAUCAUUUUGUCACUUUCUUCGAAGUUUUAAGUUUUUCUGUGAAAAAACCAAAUCAGGGGAAAUUUCAAAGUUUUUGUUGCAUUUCCUUAAAGUUUUCCAUUGCAGCUUCCCCAAAAUCUCUUCGAGACUUUUAACGUUUUCCCUCAAAUCACGAGAUUGGGAUAUUCUAUGUCCUAUUGAAAUUUUAGUUUGAUAUUCAUUGUUUGGUGUACCAUUGGUUGUCUGAUUUGAAUCAACACUGAAUAUGAGAAAUGUGUUUGACUAUAUCUUGGGAAGAAUCGCUUGAGUUGUAGGGAAAUUUGGAGGUAUUUGGGAGACACUCAUCAUAUAUUUUGCAAUUACUUACAAGCCCAGAUCAGUACUUACAUAAUGGUCGCACUUUUUAUCGACAGUAAUGUCUAUAUUUAUAAAAUAAUAAGUGUUCAGCAAAAGAGGUUUCAAGCUUGAUAAACAAACCGUAUAAGAAUUGGUGUUUUUAGAUCUGAGUGUUGUCUCUUAGUUUCAGAAGAAAAUGUGAAAAACUUAGAUAGCUCAUAGAAUAUUAAUUAACUCACGUCAUCGUGAAGGAAUGGUCCCCAUGGUAGUUUUUAUUAUAGUUCUGACUCAUAAUUAACCUGACAUUCUAACUGACGCCUGUUAUGAAUUGGAAUUUAAAAACAAAUAUUGAUGAUUUUAUACAUAUUUUAAUAAACAUAGUUGUCGAGUUUUGUAUUUUGACUGCUUCAUAAUUUUCUUGAUAAAUUUGUGGGACUAUAUAGACAUUUUCUUAGUCGUAAACGUAUGCAUAAUUUAAUGUUGUCUUAGAAGUUGG